GGCGGGGCUGCAGCCACCGGAGCCGCAGGCCGGGCCGGGCGGGGCUGAGCGGCGGGCGUGCCGCGCUCCCGAGCGUCGCCGGGCUGCCGGCCGCCGAGCAUGUUCGCCCCGAGAGCCGCGCCCCUGAGAGCGACGGGCUGCCCGCCCCGCCCCGCCGCCACGGCCAGCCCCGCGCCCAGGCCGGGUUGAGCCAGGGGCUCGGGUCGGCUGGGGGCCGUCGCUGGCUCCCGCGCUGUCCGCUGCCCCCCUUGGUCCCGCCGCGGGAGCCUCAGACCUGGGCACCACCGCCGAGGUCCAGGCACGCGAAGAAGCCCCGCCCCUCCGCGGUGGAUCUGUGGGGACACAUCUCACUUUCAUCAACACUGCUGAAAGAAGAAGAAACAAUGCCAGUGUUAUCCCCUGAAAUCAAAUUUGAUACUUCUAAUGUCACCAGAAAUUCCCUUGACUGUUUUCUGUUUGAGAGUAGUUGGAGGAAAGCAGUUUUGGAAACACAAAAAAUGAAGAAAGCAUUUGGUCUAGAAGAGCUCAAAGAAUGUGUCAAAAUGCCAUAUUUACCAGGACUGCAAAGUUGCCAAAAAAGUGUAAGUUCAAGUCCACUGGAAGUUCAUCCAAGACUGCUGCAUACUGAUACCGAGAUGCCUCCAGUCAGCCCUUCUGGUGACAACCUGUCGAGUUGCCUGCAAGUAUUUUAUUCUCCUCUGCAUAUUGCACAGUGUCCUGUGAGGGAACAGCCAUGGCAAAGCAGGACAAGGAAGACUAAGGAGACAUGCGCUAUAGUACCAAUUCAGGAGAAACCAAAGGGAUUUAUAAGGCAUUCUAAUUCUUCAAUCAAUUUUGGUUCUGGUUUCAGCGAUCCUCUUGCUGGAGCACCAUCUCAAUUCUUACAGAGACUUUCCAAAAUGGCCAUAUUGGAGUAUGAUACCAUUCGUCAAGAAACUACUAGAAGAUCAAAAAAGGGCAAGAAACGAGACCUGCGAGACUGCUGAUAAAUAUCACGUGGUAUGAUGCUUUCUUCACUGAUAAGUAGGGUUUAUAUAUUUUUCCCUUCUUUUUCUUUUUUUGAUAUGUGAUAUGAUGUGCAAUGAUCUACAUAAAAAUGGAAAUGUAAAUAGGAAAUAAAUGUUUUAUGUAAUAUACAGAA